GUCUUGAUUUGCUUCGAAUCAUUGGACACUUGCUUUCCAAGGCUAGUCGAACCUAUGGGGUUAUAUCCAGUUUUACCGGCAGUCUGAUGCAAACGCACACUUUGAUGACAUGCUUCUGCUUGUUGCCGAAUUACUGAUCCACUCGAUGUAGCAUCAAACGCUGUUGACAAGGAACCAAGACUGUCAAAGGUGUGUGAAGUUCCAAGAUAUCAUGGCCCCACACCCCGCCGUUCAGGCCAUCAUUGACCUCUCUGCUGGAGCCAUAGGAGGCACAGCUUGUGUCCUGAGCGGCCAGCCCCUGGACACAGCCAAGGUGAAGAUGCAGACGUUUCCCUCCAUGUACCGGGGGUUUGUCCACUGCUUCAUGUCCACCUACAGGCAGGUGGGACUGAGGGGGCUGUACCAGGGCACCACCCCAGCCCUCAUGGCCAACAUAGCUGAGAACUCGGUGCUCUUCAUGAGCUACGGUUUCUGUCAGCAGCUGGUGAGACUGGCGGCAGGGCUGGACAGUGGAGCAGCUCUCAGUGACGUGCAGAAAGCCAGCGCAGGGUCCGUGGCGUCCAUCUUCUCCUCUCUGGUGCUGUGCCCGACAGAGCUGGUCAAGUGUCGUCUCCAAGCCAUGUACGAGAUGGAGACGUCGGGAAAGAUCGCUCGCGGGCAGAACACAGUGUGGUCCGUGGUGAAGUCUGUGAUGAGGACGGAGGGUCCAUCAGGGUUCUUCCUGGGCCUGACCACCACCAUCGCCAGGGAGGUGCCCGGGUACUUCUGCUUCUUCGGGGCGUACGAGCUGUGUCGCUCCUCCUUCGCCGACCACAUGAAGUGUGAAAAGGACGACAUCGGUGUGGCCCCAGUCGUGUUCAGCGGAGGGUUUGGAGGAGCGUGCCUGUGGCUCGUGGUCUACCCCAUGGACUGUGUCAAGUCCAGGAUCCAGGUGAUGUCCAUGACCGGCCGACAGGCGGGCUUCUUCAAAACCAUGAUGACCAUCGCGAGAACUGAAGGUGUGCGGGCGCUGUACUCCGGCCUCACGCCCACCAUGAUCCGCACGUUCCCCGCCAACGGAGCCCUCUUCCUUGGUUACGAGGUGAGCCGCAAGAUCAUGAUGAAGCAGUUUGACAGCUGAUCGUCCUCUCGGCGGACACGAUCAACUCCUGCUGUCCUGGCGUCACAUGACCUCACCCCCGAUGUGUGUGCGCGUCCCAACACACUCCAUACUCCUCACGCUCCUCUUCUCGUUGUGGCGAUCAUCAAAUUUGAGCUUUUUUAUGUUUAAAUAUGAUCUGGUUGACAUGGGGAAAUUGUCAGCAGGCCAGGUGUGUGAAUAGUAUGUAUAGCUGUAUGUUUUAUGUGAAUUAACAUUAAGUAUUUAAAACACAUUGUGUCAUAAGUUAGUGUCUAUCUGUGCAAGGACACAUACACCCACUCCCUAACACACCUCUAACACUCAUAGAGGAUGGAAGGGGAAACCGAUUGUCCUCAUUCAUUGAGUUCUUAUAAUAGCUUUGAAUUACUCCAUAGUACUGUAUUUAACAGAUAUUUUAGGUCCCCUUUUCCAAGGUGCCUGAAAUGUAACCCAAUGUUUUAGUUCUGGUUGAUGUUCGCCUUUUAAACUAUUAUGUUUUGCCUUUUCAUCUCUGAACCCAUUUUAUUUGAAGAACUUUGCACAAACUGUCUUAAGAGACAGACAUUCCAUUUCAAACAGUUUAGUAUUUUUUUUAAUCUCCUAACGUUCAGCUACGUUUAUAACGAAAACGUUUAUAACAAAUCAAAAAUAUAUCUUAAAUCAGAUGCGAGAGUUUUGUACUGUAAUGUAUGACCUACAAUAAAAUAUAACUGGA